GGAAUUUGCGGAACUGAUGGAGAAGUACGGCUCCCACAGUAAUGCUGGAUCAGCACGCAGCUCACCCACUCCCCAUGCUGGUGGUAAACAUCUAGAGAGUACGUCAUCGACAUCCUUGUCCAGCUCCCCGAGCCCGCAGCAUUUAAGCCCGAAAGAUAUUGUGGCUAACAACAGUGGGAUUGUCACUACAACUGCAGCAGCAACAACAACAAGGAACUCUCCUAUUCAGCUGAUCUCUAUUCCCAAAGUGACAAGCCUUGGCUUGAUCAUUGUGGGUGGGACCAACAAGCCUGAGGGACCAAUGGUGUGUGUUCAGGAAGUGAUACCAGGAGGAGAUUGCCAUAAGGAUGGAAGAUUGCAACCUGGAGACCAACUGGUGUCCAUAAACAAGGAGUCCCUGAUUGGCGUUACAGAGGAAGAGGCCAAGAGCAUUCUCACCAGACUGAAGCUAAGGUCCGAGGGAACGGUGGAGAUUGCUUUUGUGCGCAAGAGCCCUCAGUCCAACUCUGCCUGCAACAUGCCGAAUCCUAGGGCUCAGACUCCUUCAUCUCCCACUAGCACUGGAAAUGUGAGGAAGCCUACGGGGUUCAGCUUACUAUCAGCCCCUCCAAGCCUCCACCCAGCCAUGCAGUCAACCCCACAGCCCAACACUGACAACACUGCGUCAGCCAAAACAAAUCAAGGCAAAUCAGGAAGUAAGAAGAUUGAUCAGUCCUCAGUGCUGCCACCAGUUAACAGUUCACCUGAUCCAGCCUGUGCAGUUAACGUGACUCCAGCCUGGACCCAGGGCUCUGCCGUCCGAGGGAGAUCAUUGUCCCUCAAUCAUAGUUUUCGCCUGAAAGUGGAGAAGUUGGAGAUGGCACUCGGAUAUCUUGGCAUUGAACCAACUGAGGAGCAGCAACAAAGCCUCCGGCAGCAGCUUCAAGUGGACUCAAAGGGAACAGUGGCCUACGGAGACUUUGUACAGGCUGCCAGAGACUUGUUCCGAUUACAGCUCGGUGAAACUGGAUCAGGAGCAGGAACCAAUAUGUUUGCUUCUAAUGAAGUGGCCAAUCUCUCAGAGACAACGCAUUCCACACAGAUUACAUCAUCCAAUUCAGUGGAUAAGGAAGAUUUGGAAAGAAUUACCCAUGAGAAGAGUGAGGCAUUAAAAGAGCUGAAGAAAGUGAAGGAUGAAUUGGUGGAAUCUGAGAAAAGCAGGAAGCAGUUGAGUGAAGAGCUGCAGAAAGUCAAACAGGAAGCUAAGAGUGUAGUUGAGGAGUGCCGUGCUCUGCGGAAUCGAAUCCAGCUCGCUGAAGCAGCACAUCGGCAGGCACAGGGCAUGGAGAUGGACUAUGAGGAGGUGGUCCAGCUGCUGGAGGCUGAGAUUACAGAGCUCAAAGCUCAACAGGCAGAUCGACAAGGGCAGACCAAGGAUGACACCCAGGAUCUAAGAAAGCGAAUUGCUGUUCUCGACUGUCAGUUACGGAAAUCAGAGAUUGCGAAGAAAACCUUUGAAGCGUCUACUGAAAAAUUGCUGCAGUUUGUGGAGGUGGUGCAUGAAGCUCUUGCUGAGUCUCCAGCUGCUCUAACUAAUGUUAGUGGGAUUGGAGUCCGAAGAUUUUCAGGACCACCUUCGUCUCAAAACCUCCUUGACCGAGUUGGUCGUAAUGGACCCAGAACUCUAGCGUCGCUUUCAACUGAUGCCAGAGAACUAGCCAAAUCUGUUCGUACCAUCAUUGAAGCAGACUGUCUGCCUUAUGGAUGGGAAGAAGCUUAUACAGCAGACGGGAUUAAAUAUUUUAUCAACCACGUGACCCAGAUGACUUCAUGGAUCCAUCCAGUGACCAGCGCCCUGAGCCUGCCCUGUGUGGAAAGGAGCAGUAACAAUGAGCUUCAAGAGCUUCCAGAAUUCAGGAGCUGAUGGAGACAGGAAGCCUCUGAAAAUGGAGAUGACGAGAUUGAGAAUCAACGGUUUCAUGUAAAGCCAACCCCCACAAAUCACACCCACCAGCAAGAUCAUGCUGUAAAGAUCCUCAAAAAACAUACACUGAGAAAAUACUCUGUCAAUGUUUUCAGUCUUUUAUAAACAACAUUUUUACUGCCGCAGGUUAGAAAUGCUGAACUUGAUGCUGGGCCUGAACUCUGAUUCAGGGCAGUAAUGGGCUGGAUGAAAUGAGUUUGUAUAGCCUCAGUCCAAUUGACAAAGUCCAUACUAUAACACUAAAUAUUGCCCAUUAUUUUGCAUUACAUUUUUUAGUUUUCAAUGACUAAAACAAGAUUGAUGGAAUCUGGAUAAUUUGACAUUGCUGCAGAAGGGUUCUUUCGGAAGUUAAAGAUAAGGCAUAAAACUGAAAUAGUCACCGAACCCUGUGCUAUCCCUGUCGUGGAAGUGGUUGAUGGAGACAGUAUUGAGGAAAUUUUACUUUUAGUUCAAAAGAUUAGAGGGAGCUUUACUUUAAAUUUAUUUUUAGUUUGAAAGAGUAAAGGGAGUUUUAUUCUGUAUCUAACCCUGUGCUGUAUCUUUCUUGUGAGUGUUGAUAGGGACCGUGUACAGGGAACUUUAUUCCGUUUCUAACUGGUGGUGUAUCUGCCUUGGGAGGGUACACUCUUAAAGGGAGCACUCCUAUGUAUCUAAUUCAUACCAUACCUGCCUAGGGGUGUUUGUUACAGGUUAUGGGAAAAAAUGUUCCUUUCCUUAUCUAUACUUCAAUUUUUCUUUUUCUCAAACCCUAUCCAGCCCCUAAUAAAAUGAAUAAUUCUGUUUGUAGA